GUCAGACAAAGUGCCACGUCAGCAGUGCCACGUCAGCAACAUGACGGGCCUGCCAGGCCAACAGGCCAAUGAGCCCAUUGCUGACUACAAAAAGCGUGUCCAUGCUCAGCUCGCUGCAAUCGAGGCUGAGGAACAACGCCAGCUGGCAGUCGAGGCUUCCCAGCUACAGGUUGAUGAAGCGGCAACAGCAGAGAAGCUGCGGCUACAGGCCAAAGCAGACGCAGAUGCCCAGGCUCGCCGCAAGGAAGCCCAGGUUCUGCUGCAGCGGCAUGAAGCCAGCAGCAUCGAGAAACUCGAGUACUUGCAUUUUGAACCGAACGGCGACGAGCCAACAUCGGAAGAGCAACAUAAGAAGUUCAUGGCCAAGCUCGUGAGCAGGUUGGUUUACACAUGUAACCACCUACAGUCCGAGCUGACAAACCUCCAGCGGGCCGUGCGGAACCAAAACACUCAGCACGAGGAUGCCAUACGGGCACUGGACGCCCGUGUACAUAACUUGGAACAAGUUCCACCAAGACAAGAUGCUGGAGCUUCCAGCAGUGCGUCCUCUAGCCGCCAACUGGAGGAACGCGUUGACCACGUAGUGGCAAUGCUCGGCGACAUCAGCACCUUCGCUGCGCCGACCACCGUCAGCAGUCAGCUGCAUACCUUGAAGACCGAGUUCCUGCAGCUGCAGUCGACGAACGCGGAUGAUAAUCCGAAGAUGUACACGAUGCCAACUUUCCAACUGGACAAGUUCGACGACUACACACAACAGGAUCCGGUCCUCUGGUGGGAGGCAUUCACAACGCAACUCAGGAUUCUGCCUGUCGCCAAGCACGCGUACAUCGGCGCCCUGUUCCUGAACUCAAAGGGCGGAUGCCAGACCUAGUUGAGCCACCUGGCAACCUCUCAUGGCGUCGACGUACCAGACUUGAACGAUAAAAUCACAUGCGAGGA